ACCACCAACGCGAACGUAUCGUUGUGUCGUUGUCGUUGUCGUGAAUUGUCGUCGUCGUCUUCGUAGUUCGUAGCCCUUGUUUGACGAAGAAAUAGUGCCUCUCAUCGCGGAUGUCGCCGAUGCGUCUUGACGAAUCACCAAAGCUGUCGCACCUGGUAACGAAGGUACACUCGAGAUAUGAUAUACACGACAUGCACUGCUGUUAUCGUUCGUCACAAUCACCAAUCCAGCUCACUGCAUCCAAGUAGUCAUGCGUCUCGUCGACGACACAAAGAUGCGAACGUAGCGGCUAUGAGAGACAUCCUGCAGAAGAUCUCGAGCGGGGAUUCGAACACGGAGGAUGACUCAAAGCUCGUCGAAAUCAUUAAGGAGGCAGUCGUGAGGACCGCGGAAGAAAUUAAGACGCCCACAGGCUCGAUCGAAGCGGCCGCUAAAAAAGCGCAGAUAUUGGUGUCCGAAUUGACCUCGGCGUACACGAACGCUAUCUACAAUGCCAAAUCUCCCGAGGAUGGUCGAGAGAAUUUUGUGCGCUUCCAGACCACUGUCCAGGCGAUCGUGGAAUUCAUCAAAAACGGUCAAUUUUUGGCAUAGUUUGAAAAAUCCUAUUUUUUCUUCCGCUAUUUAUUUUAAUCUUGAAUAUUUAUUCGUUAUACGUGCCUGUCUAUCGCUAAUAUCACAAAUGUAUCAUAGAGAAUCGAUAAAUAUAAUUGUGAGUUAAUCAUGGAAA